CUGGAAUAUAGCACUCACUGCUACUUCAUUUACCAAACAGAGGUCAGGUGGAUGGAGGCGAAGUCUGAAUGUGAAGCAAGAUGUUCCCAUCUGGUGGAAAUAGAAACUAAAGAAGAAUCUGAUUGGUUGGCUGAGACAUUUGUCUUGAAAGACACGUGUCCGUCUAACAUUUUUGCUUUCUGUCGCGCUUGGACGGGAGGCAACGAUCUUAGAACGGAAGGCAGAUACCAGUGGGACAAUGCUAAUGAAAGCAUGGCCUUCACAAAUUGGGAUUCAAAUGAACCAAGCAUAACCUAUCCUUUUCAAGCAAAGGAUAGCGACCGUAUCCACCUACUUAGAAAUGGUAAAUGGAAUGAUGUACCUUGUUCGACCUUCUGUGAGAAGGCCUGA